AUGAGAUACUCUAUAUUGCUAGCUUUCUCUUACGUUUUGCUGUCUUCAAACUCACUCAUUUCAUUUGCAGAGGAUACUUUAAGGCCAAACCAGGCUUUAACAAAUGGCCAGACUUUGGUGUGUUCAAGCCAAAGGUUUGAGCUUGGGUUCUUCACCCCAGGAAGCUCAAACAACAGCUUUUUGGGUAUUUGGUACAAGAAUAUACUCCCUCUCACUGCGGUUUGGGUGGCCAACAGAGACGACCCUAUAGUUCUUGGUUCUUCUUCCGCAAGUUUAUCUCUAGGCUCUUCAGGAUUUUCGAUUUCCACUAAUGAGUCUUUGACUGUGUGGUCUGUGAAUGUCUCUGCUGUCUUAAGUAGUCCCAUACUGCAGCUCUUGGACAAUGGCAAUUUGAUCUUGACAGAGGAAAGUGGUGCAGGUUCAGAGGGGUAUGUGUUUUGGCAGAGUUUUGACUACAUUACAGACACUUUAUUGCCAGAAAUGAAGCUUGGCUGGAAUUUGUCCACUGGCUUUAACCGGAAUAUGACAUCGUGGUCAAACUCCGGUAACCCCUCCACCGGAGUAUAUUCUUUCAGUGUGGAUCAGCCUGAUCAAGCACCUCAGUUGGUGGUUAGGAGACAGUCGACUGUGAAAGUAAAUAGAUGGGGGCCUUGGGAUGGAGUCAGAUUCAGUGGCAGCGGUGAGCUUAGCCCCAAUCCGGUGUUCACUCCAAUUUUCACUAUAAGCAGUGAAGAUGUCUAUUACACAUUUAAGCUUGUAGAAGAGUCUACUCUAUCAAGGUUUGUGAUGAAUCCAGAUGGUACGCUUAUGUACUAUACUUGGAGAGCAAGCGACAAUGAAUGGGGUAGUGUGGUGACACUUCAACUGAGCACUUGUGAUGGGUAUGGGAUUUGUGGUCCGUAUGGCAGUUGUGACACCAAUGGUCCUAGUUGUGUAUGUUUGAAAGGAUUUGCUCCCAAGUCACCACAGGAAUGGCAGAUGCUCACUUGGACCAGAGGCUGCGCGCGAAAAUGGGACUUGGAUUGUAAGAAUGGGGAUGGCUUUGUUAGGUAUGAGGGAUAUAAGUUGCCAGAUAGUUCAUUCCUGUUUGCAAACCGGAGUUUGAGCCUCAAGGAAUGUGAGGCAGAGUGUUUGAAGAGCUGUUCUUGUACGGCUUAUACUAUACUUGAUAUUCAUGCAAGAGGGGGAGACUGUGUAAUGUGGUUUGAUGAAUUGGUAGAUAUGAGAAACUAUCCGGAUGGCGGAGAAGAGAUUUACAUUCGAAUGGCAAGAAAAGAAAUAGAGUCCAUUGCUGAUGCUAAGAAGAAAAAGAGAAUGAAAGUGAUUAUCAUUAUUAUAGUAUCAUCACUUGGUGGAAUGCUUAUAUUUGGUGUCAUUAUCUGCAUGGUUAAUCGGUCUAGGAAGACAAAGAGGAGACUCAGGAGAGCUCAAAGCAGCGACAAUCCAUAUCAAGUACACAGGGAAGAGUUGCAAGAGGAUGACCCUGAGUUACCUAUCUUGGAUUUUGAUACUAUUUCCGCUGCUACUGACCAAUUUUCUCUAGAAAGAAAAAUUGGAGAGGGUGGAUUUGGUACUGUAUAUAAGGGUGUAUUACCUUCUGGACAAGAAAUUGCAGUGAAGAGGCUGUCAGUGCAUUCUGGACAGGGCCUCCAAGAAUUCAAGAAUGAGGUUGCCUUGAUUGCGAAGCUUCAACACCGGAAUCUUGUGAAGCUUUUGGGAUGCUGUAUACAAAGAGAAGAAAAGAUGCUAAUUUAUGAGUACCUUCCCAACAAGAGCUUGGACCAAUUCCUAUUUGAUAGAACAAGAAAAGAAGUACUGACUUGGAGGAAACGAUUUGACAUUAUUAUUGGAAUUGCACGAGGACUACUAUAUCUUCAUCAGGACUCCAGGCUGAGAAUUAUUCAUAGGGAUCUCAAGGCAAGCAACAUUUUACUAGACAAUGAGAUGAAGUCCAAAAUUUCAGACUUUGGAACAGCAAGAAUUUUCGGGGGAGAACAGACAGAAGAAACGACUAGGAGAGUGAUUGGGACAUAUGGUUAUAUGUCUCCUGAAUAUGCUAUGAGUGGACACUUUUCUGUGAAAUCAGAUGUAUUCAGCUUCGGCGUGUUGGUCUUGGAGAUAAUAAGUGGCAGAAAGAGUUCAGGAUUUCAUCACCCUGAGCAUGACCUCAAUCUUCUGGGACAUGCAUGGAAUCUGUGGAAUGAAGGAAAUCUAUUGGAACUGCUGGAUGCACAGAUAGAGAAAGCUUCUUCUGUCAAUGAAGUGACAAGAUGUAUUCAAGUAGCCCUUCUGUGUGUGCAGCAAAGGAUGGAUGAUAGACCAACCAUGUCAACCGUGUUAUUAAUGCUUUCUCAUGAGAAUUUUGUGAUGCCUCAACCGAGAGAACCUGGUUUUGUUACUGAACUUCUUUCCGCUGGGGAUACAUCUUCAACUGGAAAGCAUCUUCAUACUGCUAAUGAUGUAACUGUAACAAUCCUAGAUGGACGGUAAAUACACCAUCGAAGUGAAGACAGAUCAGACCAAUUUAUUUGUAGAAAAGAGGAAGAUAAAUGGAUCUUCAGUCUUUCUUUUUGUGCAGUUUAACAUAUAGGAAAUUUAUUGAAUGUAACAUAUCUUCGAUAGUAUAGAAGUUUUGUAUUUGAUCACACAGAUUUUUAGUUUCUGAUGUAUAACAGUUGUUUUUCAGAUCACAAUAAUUUGUGAAUACAAGGAAUUAGAGAGGAAAAAGCAAAAGAAACAGUCCUUCUCCCAAGUUUCCUCCAGCCUGGAUUGGAAACACUUGCACAGACAAAUAAAACAGAGACACACAAAACUUCCAUCAUAAACCACAUAACACUUCCCUUUUCUUGACAUAUAGCU